AUGACGAAGCGCCGCAAUAGAAUGAAGAAACACUUCAAGAAGCAAAUAGAAGAAGAUCGACACGACUUCGACGUUGGUGGAAGCCAAGAAAGCCAGGAAAGCGAAGGCAGCGCCGGCAGCGCCAACGAAAUCAGCAGCGUAACCGGCCCGAGAGAAAUGGUCUGGCCCAACGCCCACGUGGUGUUUGAAGACUGGGCGGAUCGCCAGAUCGACGGCGGCGUGAGCGUCCGAAAGGAGUGCAGGUGGAAGUGCUGCAAGUGCGGCUGGUACAACGCGAUGCCGAGGAGCCGGUACCGGUUGAUGCACUGCCGGAACCCUGACGGUUGCGUGGUGGACUUGGGGACUAGGCAGGUGCAUGCUGGACCUGGCUUUUGCUGUGCGAUUGUUGGGCCUGAGGGGGCUUGGGAUCCGAGGGUUGUGAGGGAUCUGAGGAGGCAGUAG